AUGAGCUCCGUAUCAUCUUCCCCUAGACACUUUGUGAAUAUCCAUCAGUUGUCGGCAGAUGAACUCUCGGCGUUGAUUUCAAGAGCUGCUGCUUUCAAAAAGCAAAUCAAAACAGGUGAACCGGCACCUUGGAAGCAAUACCAACGGCUAUUGGGCAAGGUUGUGGCCCUCUUAUUCUCUAAGAGAUCUACCAGAACUAGAAUCAGUACAGAAGGAGCUGCUGCUUACUUCGGUGCCUCACCCAUGUUUUUGGGUAAAGAUGACAUCCAAUUAGGCGUUAACGAGUCGAUGUACGACACCACCAAGAUCAUCUCGUCGAUGACGUCGUGUGUGUUUGCGAGAGUCGGCAAGCAUCAGGAGAUUUUGGAUUUGUGCAAGGAUUCAUCGGUUCCCAUCAUCAACUCAUUGUGUGACAAGUAUCAUCCAUUACAAGCAAUUGCCGACAUGUUGACCAUAAAGGAGGCGUUCGGCAACACGCUGGGCUUGAGAUUGGCAUGGGUCGGUGAUUCCAAUAACGUUUUGAACGAUAUGGCCAUUGCUGCUAUCAAACUCGGAAUCCACGUCUCGGUUGCCAUUCCUUCUACUAUCAAAUACGACCCCGAAAUUCAAGCUCAGACAGAACAAUUGGCCGCAGAGAACAAAGUGACGUUUGAAAUUGUCAACGAUCCUUUGGUGGCCUUGAAAAAUGCAAAUAUCAUUGUCACUGAUACUUGGAUCUCCAUGGGCGAAGAAGCGGAAAAACUCGAAAAACUCAAGCAGUUUGCCAACUUUCAGAUCAACCAAGAUAUGUUGAAAAAAGCCGGUGUGCUGGACAACUGGAAGUUUAUGCACUGUUUACCAAGACAUCAAGAAGAGGUGCACGAUGAUGUGUUCUACAGCGACAACUCAGUGGUGUUUCAAGAAGGUGAAAACAGAUUGUAUGCUGCGUUGGCUGUAAUGGAAGGGUUUGUCAUUAACAAGGGUGAUUUGUUGAAUGCAGUUGAUGAGGAGGUCUAA